CUUUGAGAGAGCGAUCCGAAGGCGAGGAGGGUCCUAGGCGCUUUCUUGGCCCUGGUGACUGUAAAGUGCUGACCAGUUGCCACUGAGCAUAGUUGAAACAAAAUAGGAAGAUAUGGCAGCAAACCCUUCAGGACAAGGUUUUCAAAACAAAAACAGGGUUGCAAUCUUGGCAGAACUGGACAAAGAGAAAAGAAAAUUACUAAUGCAGAACCAGUCUUCGACUAAUCAUCCUGGAGCGAGCAUUGCACUCUCGAGACCCUCUCUUAAUAAGGACUUCCGGGAUCAUGCUGAGCAGCAGCAUAUUGCAGCCCAACAAAAGGCGGCUUUGCAGCACGCACACGCACACUCAUCUGGAUACUUCAUCACCCAAGACUCUGCUUUUGGGAAUCUGAUUCUUCCUGUCUUACCUCGCCUCGACCCAGAAUGAAGAAAAGAUUUGUGACAAAAGUGACUGGAAUAUCAGAUGCC